AUGGGCCCAAAGUCUACCGGGCUCAAUUACUUGGCCCAAAUUCAAUUUUCCGUAGUGGAAGCGAAGUCAAAAUCUGCUUCGAUAUAUUGCUGUAAAACAAAACAACAGUCACGAGAAACGAGUCGUACCCGUUUGAAACGUAGUUCUAUAUCUCCGGCGAGUUCUUCUCUCCAAUCCUCACCAACAUCACUCACCGGGAUAUCAUAUCGAGGAUCUGGGAAGGUUUAUGUUGUAGAGAAGACUAGGGUUUGCAGAUCUGGAAUUUUAAUUUUGUUAGUACUGUUGAGUGAUCAGAAAAUGGCUUCAGGUGGAGCAGCUCCCCCAAGAGGAAGUGCAGCUGCUACUGCUAGUAUGAGGAGAAGGAGAACAACCGGUGGUGGGGCCGCCGGAGGAGCAGCUGGAACUAUGCUCCAAUUUUACACUGAUGAUGCCCCGGGACUUAAGAUCUCCCCAAAUGUGGUUCUUGUAAUGAGCAUUGGCUUUAUUGCAUUUGUUGCCACCCUUCAUGUGAUGGGCAAGCUGUACUUUGUUCGUAGGGAGGCUUAG